GUGCGCAGGGAGGCCCCCGGUGCCGGCGGAGCGGCGUGCGCGCGGCGGGGCUGCCAUGGCCUUGGAGGCGAUCCGCUACUCCCGGGGCUCGCUGGAGAUCCUCGACCAGCUGCUGCUGCCCCAGCGCAGCCGCUACGAGGCGGUGGGCUCGGUGCGCCAGGCCUGGGAGGCCAUCCGCGCCAUGAAGGUGCGCGGCGCCCCAGCCAUCGCGCUCGUGGGCUGCCUCAGCCUCGCCGUGGAGCUGCAGGCGGGCGCGGGGGGACCGGGACUCGCCGCCCUGGUGGCUUUCGUGCGCGACGCGCUGAGCUUCCUGGUCACCGCCCGGCCCACCGCUGUCAACCUGGCCCGCGCCGCCAGCCACCUGGCGGACGCCGCAGCCUUGGAGGCCGAGCGCGAGGGCGCCACGGAGGAGGCGGUCCGGGAGAGAGUGAUCCGCUGCGCUGAGGACAUGCUGGAGAAAGACCUCAAAGACAAUCGGAGCAUCGGGGACCUGGGAGCCCGCCACCUCUUGGAGCGGGUGGCUCCUGGGGGCGGCAAGGUGACCGUGUUGACCCACUGUAACACCGGUGCACUGGCCACUGCUGGCUAUGGCACGGCCCUGGGCGUGAUCCGCUCUCUGCACACCCUGGGCCGCCUGGAUCGUGCCUUCUGUACGGAGACCCGGCCAUACAACCAGGGAGCCCGGCUGACUGCCUUCGAGCUGAUAUACGAGCAGAUUCCCGCGACACUCAUCGCAGACAGCGCGGCAGCGGCGGCCAUGGCGCAGCGAGGCGUGUCAGCUGUCAUCGUAGGAGCCGACCGCGUGGUUGCCAACGGUGACACAGCCAACAAGGUGGGCACCUACCAGCUGGCCAUCGCCGCCAGGCACCACGGCAUCCCCUUCUACGUGGCUGCCCCCAGCUCCUCGUGUGACCUCCAUCUGGAGACAGGCAGGGACAUCGUCAUUGAGGAGCGCCCGGGGCAGGAGCUGACCAACGUCAACGGGGUCAGGGUUGCAGCCCCCGGCAUUGAGGUUUGGAAUCCCGCCUUUGAUGUCACCCCCCACGACCUCAUCACCGGCGGCAUCAUCACAGAGCUGGGGGUCUUUGCUCCUGAGGAGCUCCAGGCAGCCCUGAGCACCCCCGUCUCCUGACAGCGGGCACCCUAGCUGGACCCCAGAAGUAACCACGCUGACUCUCCAUUCCCUUAGGUUUUACAAUAAACCUACUGAUUGAAUGGCUCGCCCUGAAACUGACCUUCUCCCAGCCACACCUCUUCCUAGAGCAGGGAGGGCACACGGGACCUUUGUACGGCUCUUAAGAGCCCUGUAACUGGGGACAGGCUGCCCAAGUUCAAAACCCAGCUCAGCCACUUUCUCAGCUGAGCCCCUUCACCUCUUUGUGCCUUGGUGUUCCCAUUUAUAAAAUGGGAACGAUACUUGUACUGCCUUCUGGCUUCAGGGCCAGAACUAGGGUGGUGCCUCGGGUGCAGAAUUUUGAAGGGAACAGCUCAGUGAUCAAAGAAUAGCUUCAUGCACAACUUGACCUUACCUCACCCCUGAUGCCCUCAUUCCAAGAAAAUCUUGCUUGCAAUCUAAGGCACCUGGUCUGCAGGCUGUAGUUUGAGGAUUUUAUGAUAUUAAAAUUUUAUGUUUA